AGCACUUACUCGGGUAGAAGCCUAGAACCGAUUUGCUAACCCGGUGCACAAUCGCCCGAUUCUAAUUUCUAAACUCCCCGCAAAGGGAGAACUUGCAAAUUACUAUCUAUGAUGGAAGGCCAAAUUGAAGAAGCAGAACCACAGCUACCAGCGGUCCGAGCUCGUCACAUAAACAAGCGUGCUCUUAAGAACAAAGCUUUGGCUGUAUCUUUCAACGAGAAAGAUCUCAGGGACUACGUGACAGGGUUUCACAAGAGGAAGAAGAAGAGGAGAAAGGAAGCCCAGAAGCAGCAAGAGGAGGCCUUAAGGCGCAAACGUAUCGAGCAGCGCAAAAAGAGGAAACUGGAAAGAGAAUUUGCUUUAUAUGGAGGAGCUCCACCUGCAUCUGAUGAAAGUGCUGAGUUCCACAAAGAUGGUGAAGAAACUGAGCCAACUGCAUCAGUAAAUGGAACAAUGGAGUAUGACAAUGGAGAUAUGAAAGUUACUGUGACAACCAGUGAGAUUUCUCGAGAAGAUAAGGAUCUUGGGAGUGAGAAAACGCUGACAGCAGUGCCAAUAUUGACUGGAGUCGAUAAGAAGCACAAUUUAGGCGUAAGUAAAAAGAAGUCUUUCAAGAAAGCCUCAAAGCACAAGUCACAGUCAAAGCCACACAAUAAGAGAGACAAAAAGAAAGCAAAGAAAAAGAACAAGAAGCGGUAGUUGCCUUCCUACAAAGUGAAAUGUGGAUCAAAUUGUUUUUCUACUGGCAAUAUAAGGCAUAACAAGCACAAUCGCCGAUACAUCCUGCUAGGCCAUUAAAGUUGGAGUUGCAUUCAUGGAUUUCGUGAUAUGAAAGCUCAGUUGUUGAAUUUACUCUUGACCUGAUGUAUGUUUAUGGUUAGAACUGAUAUAUUGUCUACCAAUUUUUUUCAAAUUUUGAGUCAUGUGCUUUUGAACAUAUUCUUAGUAAAUUUUUCGUACUGUCUUUUCCUAAGGAUCAUGCGAAGCUGGCAUUAAUGAUGGUUUGAGUACAUGGUCCUUUCUUUGUAUUCUUGCAAUUUAUAGGCAUUUAUUUAUGUACACUUGUGUUUCA